UUGGAGGGCUGCGGUUGGGAGGGGACCGGAUUCCUGAGCUGGAAGGCUUGCCGUGAUCCAAUCUCAGCCGUGGGAAAGAAUCGGAAACGGAGAGUCCCUGCCAUCCAGUGUGAAAACAUCCCAGAAGAACUGUACCAUGUCUCAGACUGGAGAGAAAGCUAAGUUCUCUGACUCCGCUGGCUAUGUGGGAUUUGCCAAUUUGCCCAACCAGGUCCACAGAAAAUCCGUAAAGAAGGGAUUUGAAUUUACUCUCAUGGUGGUCGGUGAAUCUGGUUUGGGAAAGUCAACACUGAUCAACAGCUUGUUUUUAACAGAUUUGUACCCUGAGCGUUACAUUCCUGGUGCGGCGGAAAAGAUUGAACGUACAGUUCAGAUUGAAGCUUCCACGGUGGAGAUUGAGGAACGUGGAGUAAAGCUGCGUCUCACGGUAGUUGACACACCAGGAUAUGGAGAUGCCAUUAACAGUCAAGACUGCUUCAAAACCAUCAUCCACUACAUAGACAAUCAAUUUGAACGCUACCUUCAUGAUGAGAGUGGCCUUAACAGACGGCACAUCAUUGAUAACCGCGUGCACUGCUGCUUCUACUUUAUUUCCCCUUUCGGACAUGGUUUGAAACCUUUGGACGUUGAGUUCAUGAAGGCCCUUCACGGCAAAGUAAACAUUGUUCCUGUCAUCGCUAAAGCAGAUACUUUGACGCUUAAAGAAAGAGAGAGGCUGAAAAGAAGGGUUCUGGAUGAGAUUGCUGAACAUGGAAUUAGAAUCUACCAACUUCCUGAUGCAGAUUCUGAUGAGGAUGAGGAAUUCAAAGAGCAGACCCGGGUAUUGAAGGCUAGCAUCCCCUUUGCAGUCAUAGGUUCAAACCAGCUGAUUGAGGUAAAAGGAAAGAAGAUUCGCGGGCGGUUGUACCCCUGGGGAGUGGUGGAAGUGGAGAAUCCAGAACACAAUGACUUCCUGAAGCUCCGAACUAUGUUGGUGACUCACAUGCAGGAUCUACAGGAGGUCACUCAGGAUUUGCACUACGAAAACUUCCGUUCAGAGAGGCUUAAGCGCACCGGGAAGCCUGUGGAGGAGGAAGUGAUGGACAAAGACAUGAUUUUACAACAGAAGGAAGCUGAGCUGAGGAGAAUGCAGCAGAUGAUCGCUCAGAUGCAAGCUCAGAUGAAGAUGAAGCCACCUGGUGACGAGUAAUCUUGUACCCAUUAGGGUCCAUGGACCAAUGUUAAACAUUCGCAGAAGACUUUCCAGAUGUCAACAUUUAGAGGCUGUUUCUACCAAUUUCUCGUCUAUUUUCUAUUCUCUUUAACUAUGUAACAUGUGUUAAGUGUGAUAUGAUAUUUCUUGUAUUUCAUAGUAUUAAGCCACACACUGCUCUCUUGACAGAAGCCUGUGCUUGUCAAUUGAGAUUUUAAUUCUUAACCAAUGAUGCAAAAAGGAAGUUGCAAGUCUUGUUACCAGCUGUGUGUAUAUUUGCACUGUCCUGUUUGUCUUCAUCACUAGGUCUGUAAUUGUCAUGUUUUUGCACUUCCUUCUAAUGGGAUCAUGUCAUUUUUACAUAUUUUUUUUAAACCCCUGUUGUACAAGAGCACGUGUUGAGCUGUGUGUCGCUGUUGUUGAAAUCAGGAAAAAAUCCAUAUUUAAGGAAACCAGGGGAACAAAAAUAACACCAGCAUUUUAUGGUACGAUUCAGGUACAGAUGAAAUCAUUCCUUCCCUGGUGCACUGGACUUUCAUACAACAGAUCUGAAUAAUGAACGGUACCUGCCUCUCGUAAAGUGCCUUGAUAAUUGGGUGAACUCUAUUAAUCAUAGUGACUUGAAUGUAAUAUUCACAUUUGUAUCAAGGAUACCUGCCAAUAAACUGUUAAUCUACUUGCA